GUUACAUCACUUUGUGUGCGCUGCUCUCGCUGACGAAAUUUGUGCUAUUGUUUUUAUUAAUAAAUAUAUAGUUAAUUUACAAUGGCAUCCAUAUUGCGAACGGGUAAACUGUUGCGCUACUUCGCUGGCUUCACGCGUAACGUUGUCGUCAACUCAGUGCGCGACUGCGAGAGCAACAAUCUCCUACAAUCGGCGCCCUGCAUGUGCGGACAGUUCCAGAAUGGCUUUGCUAGCAAUGCAGCAGCGACGAAGGCCGAGCUGAGUCUGGACAAGCAAAUCCGAAGAUUGGAUCAGGAUGCACGUCGGAUGGGUCGCAUUUCGCGACGGGAUCUGGAGGAGGUGCUCGACGAGAUACGCACUCAUCGAACGGCGACAAGUUCGCAAUCGCUGCUCGUGAUACGGUGCUGUGGCAAUCUGGUGCCCGAGGAGUUGCCUGAGGUGCGCACCGCUCUCGUCCAGGAGAUCUGGAAGACACUUAACGCUCUGAAUGUGCCCAUGGAUAUCUCGCACUAUAAUGCCCUGUUGCGUGUGUAUCUGGAGAACGAACAUCAGUUUGCGCCCACCGAUUUUCUCGCCGAGAUCGAGGCCAAAGGCAUUGAACCCAAUCGGGUGACAUAUCAGCAUUUGAUAACCAGAUAUUGCCAGCAGGGUGACAUUGAGGGGGCCACGCGGAUCUUGGAGUUUAUGCGUGGCAAGAGUUUGCCAGUCAAUGAAAAUGUUUUCAACUCAUUGAUUCUGGGACACUCGCAGGCCAACGAUUUGGAGUCUGCCAAAGGCAUUCUGGGCGUGAUGCGGCAGGCGGGCCUGGAGCCCAGUGCGGACACAUAUACGACGCUGUUGUGCGCCUUUGCGCGACAUGGCGAUAUCGAUGCUCUACAGGCUACGCUCGCCGAAUGCGAGCCAAAGGAAAUCAUAUUGCUGGACAAGGAUCUGCUGGAUAUUAUCUACACACUCACGAUCAAUGGGCAUGGCGAACACGUAGAUGGACUGCUAACCAAGUUGCGCAUCUCGGCUGGUUUCAAUCAGGAUGCAGUUAAUAUUAUACUCCGUUUGGUGAACAAUGGCUAUGAGGAUGUCGCACUGAAGCUGCUCCGUUUGAUGCCACGCAGCACGCGUGUCAAUGGGGAACUUGUCGAUGUGGGCGCCUUCUAUAUACGCCAGCUGGUCAAGGCCAAUCGUCCGGUGGAGAAAAUUCUCAGCAUUUGUCGUACGCUGAAAGCGGAGGGUCUCAAUCCCAAGGCACUGACAAUUGCCACGGAGGCGGGUCUGACAAAUGGUGCCAUGAACAAUGCUCUGCCCCUGUUGCAAGAGAUGAAGAAUUUGGGUUUGCCGAUUCGCCAGCAUUAUUUCUGGCCUCUGUUUUGCUCGGUGGACACGAGUCAGGUGCUGGAUAUUGUGCGUCGCAUGCAACAGGAAUUUGCACUGAAUCCCAAUUCGGAGACCAUUCGGGACUAUGUGAUCCCCAAUCUGAAGGAGAAGAACUGGGAGCGUAUUGUGACCGUGCUACGCGAUGCUGGUGUGCCCAAUUCCACGGCAGUUACAUCCGCCGUCUAUGCGGCGCUGAGCACCCAUCAGCUGGCGGAUGCUGCCAAGAUUAUGGAACAGAAUCGUGCCUACUAUGUGCCUAUGCUCUUCCGCCAGCCACUCAUCAUGGCGCUAGGCAGUACCAAUGAUUUUGCCUCCUUUAUACGUUGCGUGCGUCAGAUGCACGAGGGUCUGCAAAUACGCAACGGCGCUGUCAAGGAUUCGGUGGAGGAAACGGAACAAGUCGCGGCCAACGUGGAUGUAGAGCGGAAUACGCCCGAUGUUGUCGGCAGCAUUGUGUACGAGGCGGCCAACUAUUUCAGGCGGGAACGUGUGCCCAUGCUGGAGAAGAUACUACAGGGUCUGGUCAAGCAGGGAUUAUCCGUGAGCAGCACAACGGCAACGACGCUGUCGGAGCUACUCGGCUCCGAGAUGACGCCCUUGAUAUCCGAGCAGCUGGGCAAACUCAGCUCCGGUGAACUGGAACCCAUCCCACUACCGAAUAGCGGCAAACGCGCCUUGGACACGCUGACCAUUGAUGAAUUGGAGCGCUUCAUCAAGAACGUGGAGGCGAAGGGCGAGAAUGCCAAUAAUAUUAAGCGACAGCUGCUCAAUGCCUGCUUCCGUUCACAGAAUCUGGAGAAGACGAUCGAGGUGAUCGAGCGUCUGCAGCAGGAAAAAUUCCAGAUAUCAAUUGGCAUCGAAGCGCAACUGGUUGACCUGUACACGUUCCACAAGCGUAGCUCAGAGGCACUGGCGCAAUACAACAAGCUGCGACAGGCAGAUGCCAAUUUUAAGCUGGACAAUUUUAAGGCAGUGCGUCUAGCGGAUCUGCUGUUGCAGGAGGAUCAAGUGGAGCCGGCACUGCAGCUGCUCGGCGAGAAUCAGAAGGAGACGCUGUUCAACGACGGCGAAGGCAGCUUCAAUUACAUCAGCACAGUGUGGCGCAUACUCAACGCGAUCGCGGAAACGGGCAAUGCGGAUAAAUUGAAGCGCGUCUUCGAUGCACUCGUCACGGGAAACUAUGUGGUGCCGACCAAUGUGCUGCUGGGUCCACUCGUCAAGGUGCACUUGAGCCGAGAUGAUAUACCCAAGGCGAUCGAUGCCUUCGAACAGAUUUGCCAGCAGCACAAGGCAACCCCCUGGAAGAAUGAGCUCGCCUGUCGUCUCAUCCAGAAAGAGGAUGCAGCCAAUUUGCAGCGACUCACAGAUCUCAGCACCAGCAUUCAUGGCGAGGUUAAUAGUCUCUAUGAUCUGGUCUUCUCCUUUGUGGAAUGCGGUCGUGUGCGCCAGGCCCGCAAAAUCCUUGAGACGCCUGGUUUGAGAACACGUCCGCAACGCAUCAGCACCGCCUGUGAUCGGUAUAAGAAUGAGGGCAUGCUGCAACCGCUGGAGGGUCUGAUUGAGGCCACCAAGGAUCUUGGGCACAUUGAUCGCAAUAAGAUUUACUACACACUCUUGUUGAGCUAUGACAAGGCCGAUGAGUCGGAGAAGGCGCUCGGUCUGUGGACCAAAAUGCAGGAGGAGGCUGUGACACCCACCGAUGCAUUUCUGCUGAAGCUUGCCGAGCUGCUGAAGCGCAAGAAUAUGGAGGUGCCAUUCGUGGUGCCAGAAAUGCAGCAGCAGCAGCCGAAGAGCAAACGUGGAAAGGCAGCGGGAGCAGCAGCAACAGCCGCUGCACAAGUCGAACAGCCACUUAAAACAGAGAAGGAGCAGAACAAGUUGGAGGAAACCAAACAGACGCCCAAACCCAUCUCAAACAUAGCCGGCUUUCGUCGCGCCAUCCAAGGCAAUGAUCCGGAUGGCGCCAUUGCCUAUCGGGAGCGUUUCAUUAGCGGCGAGAAGAUCAGCGUGCUGGACACCUCAAGGCUAAUUGAGCUCCUCGUGCGCGCUGAUCGCCUGACGGAGGCUAGCAAAUAUGUGGAUCAACUGCUCGCCGAUAAGCAGCAUCCGCAACCCAAGAUUUUCAAAUACUAUUUGAAUAAAAUUGCCGCUGGCGGGGAUAUGGAGAGACUGCAACGCAUUGGCGACCAGCUGAAUGAUGAACAGAAGCGUCUCGUGUCCUUUGAUAAUCGCUAUUGCCAUGCUCACAUUGUGGCCGGCAAGGCCGAGCAGUUCCUCAAGCAGCUCAGUGACCAAAUUGAAGCGGCCAAGUCGCCUGAGGAGGCCACUAAAAUAGCCGAGAAGUUUCCGCGUGGUGGCGCCGUUGGCAUCCUCGACAAACAUCCCGAGCUGGUGGCACAAUACGAAUCGCUGGCUGAGAAGUAUGCCGCCCACAAUCAGCUGGGUCCCAUGAAUGUGCUGUGGAUGCAUCUGUUGUCGCACAAUCAGGAGGCGGCCUCCAAGCAGAUCUGGGACAAGCAUCUGUCCAAUGCGCCACGCCUGAUGUUCCAGCGUGUGUUGCAAACGGCACGCGAGCAACAGGACGAUAAAAUGGCCGCCACUGUCAUCUCACAGUUGCGUGACAGCAAAAUAUCCGAGGGUGCAAUUGGCAAUGCCUACUCCUGUCUGAUCGAUAUACAGACGACCAAGGGUAAUCCGGAGAAGGCGAUGGAGGUGCUGGCGAAUGCCAUCAAGGAUGUCUCGCUGGAGAAUAUUAAUCGCACAGCUCUGCUGCGUCUCAAGCAGGCCGUCGAGGCUAAGAAUCAGGAGUUCCCAUAUACGGUGCCGGAGAAGCGCACAAAGGCUGUUGAUUCCAGCUCCUCGAGCAGCAGCAGCGAUGAUGACGAUGUCAAGCCCAAAAAACCCGAAACAGUGAAACCAAACCCGGAAAGUGCUUAAAUCCUCCCAUGUUUUGUUUUUAUAGUUUAAUGUAUAAUAUAAUAUGAUAACUAGUAUGUAUUUACUAGGCUACGACUUGUAAACUAAAUAUAUUUAAUGCAAAUGUUUUUGUUGCUACAA